GCCUCAUUUCUCAGGGUUAGUGCCUGGCUCUACUGUUUUCAUUCAUGCUUUACCUAUUCUUCUUACUGUCUUAUUACACACGAGUAGUAACAGUUGGCUAUUAUUCAUGGUAGGACAUUAAUUUAUAAGACCAACGAACACUCCGUGUAAGAAUUUGACCGUUAUGCCAUAUAUCCGCUGUGACAACCUGGCAGUUAUACCUUACAAAUUUCUAGACAUCCCUUAUCCUUCGUAACAACUGGCCAUCGCCGCGUCUAUCGAUAACUGAUUCAGGACAUGAUGGAGUGCCCUUCGGACGUACAGUCACGAGUUGAUCUUAUUACUCGGCGGAUCGCACCUGAGGAUAUCCAUGCCAUAGGCCUACUUAAGCUGGCCCUGCAAAAGGAUGAACCUGCAAGAUGUUUGUGGGCGACAGCGCCUACGGGCAGACCUCAUAUCGGAUACCUUAUCCCCAUGAUUAAGUUUGCAGAAUUUGCUAAAGCAGGAGUGGAGGUUGUCGUUCUACUUCACGAAUUAUUCUCGUAUCUUGACAACGUGGAAUACUCUAUGGAACAGGUGACCCAUAGGAUGGCCUGCUACAGGUACACUGUCAUUGCUGCCCUUGAGGCUAUUGGAGUUCCUCUACAGAAAAUACAUAUCGUAGAGGAAGGCACAUAUCAUAUGACGCCAGAGUUCAUCCGAGACCUAUGGAGACUUUGUAAAAUUGUUCCCCAGCAGGCGGUCAAAGAUGCUUGGAAUCCAGGCUAUGAACCUAAUAUGUUGAGUCCUAUGCUCUGCCCGGCACUUCAAGCACUUGCGGAAGAAUACUGUAACGUAGAUAUCCAAUUUGGAGGCACGGAUCAGCGCGGCCUCUUUAAAUUUGCCGAGCUUUCUAUGCCUCUUAUUGGGUAUGCUGAUAGAGCUCGGCUUAUGAACUCAAUGUUACCGAGUCUUCGUGGAGGCAAGAUGUCAUCCUCUCAUCCACCCGAAACGAAGAUUAUGUUUCAAGACCCCGCUCCGGUCGUUAAGGAGAAGAUUGAGAAAGCUUAUGCUGAAGCAAAAAGCACUGAUCAAAACGGGGUCUUUGCUCUAGUAAAGGAUAUGUUGCUUCCAAUUCGACUUCUUCAAGCAGAAGGCAUUCUAGAGGUCCGAGGGGAUCAUGGAGAGUGUAGGUCAAAAGGGCUGGUUCUGCCCGGAACAAAUGGCCGACCCCCGAAAGAAUAUAUCUCUAUUGACGAGAUAAAGCAUGACCUUGAGGCCAAAGAACUGGCCUCGGAGACUUUCACAACUGCCGUUGCCGACGCGGUAAACAAUCUACUCGACCAUGUUCGGCAGGCAUACGCAAUGAAUGAGGAAUGGCAAAAAUCAGACAGAUACGGAUACCCUGAAUCAGCGUGAUCCCACACGCCCCAGCUUGUUCUUCUCCCUGAACUAUAUUCUGUUAGUCAUGGGUUACAAUCUACCUAUAGUUACUACCUUGAUUAGUACUUUACGAUCAUUACAUAUUCUAGUUGCACUUCAGAUCUGAGAGCACGAAGAAAAAGAAAUUUUUGAUGA